UGCCACAUCACUCGAUAGGAAGCCUCUCAACAAACAAUUCCAAAUUCCCUGCCCCUGCCACUGCCCCUGUCCCUGCUCCUGCUCCGUCCCACCCGAAAAACAGUCUGCCACAUCAUGAGCCACCGUGUCCAGCCGCGAUGCGACGAUUUCGAUGUGAUUGGUGCCGUGCCGCGCGACCUCUCUAUCAUCAAGAACUUCCUGAAGAGGGACUGUGCCGUCAAGCGGCUAAUUGACAUCGAGGAGGACUUCCUGCAGCAGUGUGUGGAUCGUGGCGAGGAUCCUUUGAAGCCCAAGAAUCAGCAGCAGCAGCAGCAGAAGAAAACCAAUGGCAAUGGGCAUGAGCUUGAGGCGAAGCCUCGUGAUUCCUGUGCCAGCAGAACACCAAAUGGUGAGGGUGUCCCCAACUACUGUGAUCCCUGCGAGCGGCUGAAGACAUCAGUGGUGCUGGAGGAGCUCACGAAGCCAGCGAUCACCAAUCCGGUGUACAACCAGAUGCUGCCGACAUAUUUCGACGAGGAGACCGUGAUGGGCACAUCCCUGCCCGUGAAGUUUCGUUUCCGGCGCAAGAACAACGGCAACGACGUGGAAAAGAGCACCAAUCUGAUGUGCACCUCCACCAAUAACACGAAUGUCGUGGUGCUCACCAACUGCUGCGACAUAAUGGUGUGGCCCAGCCAGCGGGUGGCCCAGAUGAACCGAGUGCCCGUGACUAUGAUCUCGGGCUCCGGCGACCUCACCGAGUACAUGCUGGAGGAGGAGACCAUCAUGUGAGAACGGGUCAAAGGGUGCGAAGGGGAUGCUGUGAGGAACUUCAGUGGCAAAUAAAAUCAAAAUCGUUGGCCCAAGCA